AUGCGGACCUGGGUGUUGAUUGCGGCAUUAGCCGUAGUCUGCCUGUCCGCUGAGCAGGAGCUCAGUCAUAAAGAAAGAGUACGGGCUGUUUUGAAGUCGUGGGACCCAAAAGCUGACACCAAAUUCUUUGAGCCAAUUCGACAACAGACAUACAGAACUACUGAUGAGUCUGAUCUCUUUUUGGACACACACCAUAUUUCUAAAAGAUCCAUUGCUCAACCACACGUCUUUGCUGGCCAAGCUACAAGAGGAUGUAACUUGCCGGGAUACACUGGAGAAACUUGUCAAUAUCCGUUGUGUUCUGCUCGCAACCCAUAUGUACCCACCAACCAAGCAUCUGACGAUGUUCAAAUUGACGCUGUCAACAUCGCCAACUGCAGUGUUCCUUACAUCAUCGUUGUUGAUGAGACUAUGUGGGACAUCAAAAUUGAGCUGGAAUCUGAGUUUCCUUUAAACCCAACUUUCUUCCUUCAAUAUGAAGAUGGACUUAUCAUCUCUCCCGAUUCUGUCAGUCAACUUCCAACAUCUUUCACUGCGACAUAUGCAUUCUUGGCUCCAGGACAAUAUCAGCUUGGUCCCAUGUUAGUGGGUGGCACUGGUCAAGAAUACUGCACAAUGUUCAUGUCCGCUCGUACACCAAUAAAGAUUAGUGGAGGCUUCAUCUCUGGAGAUCAACCAGAACGCAAUGAUUAUCCAAAUUUAAAAGUUGCGUACUUCGAUACUGAAUCAGUUGUUGCUGUUCACGUUCAAGCACUCGAGUUCCCAGGGCAAAUACAAGGAAUCGGAUUCACUGGCGCCGAGAAUCACAUUUCCAGAUACAUUCCUAUUGGAAGUCGUUACAACUGUACCUAUCCAUACAUUUUGGAGAGAUACACUUGCAAAAGAACUAGCAAUAAUGAUGUUGGAAGCAAUUUCUUGCAGGUCGAAGGUAUCAGUAACGGAGGAUACCUAUUCCGUCGUAUCUUGUCUUACCAAUGUGUCUUGCCACCUGUAAGUACAACCAUUGCUCCUUCUCCAACAACACCGACUCCUCCACUCACCACCUGUCAAAACGGAGGACAGCUCUUGACGGAUGCAAGCGGUGCUCCUUACUGUUAUUGUUUCGGAUUGUGGUCAGGGAAUGAUUGUUCUCAAAUGAUUUGUGCUAACGGAGGCUUCCUCCCAACACCGACAAGUGAUCGUUGUCAAUGUCCAGAAGGAUUCAUGGGAUUCCAUUGUCAGAACAUUAUCUGUACCGACACAUCUGGAUUUGACUUCAAUGCCGAGAACCCAACACUCACUCUUGUCAUUCGUUCGAGAUACCAACUUUCGGAUGUCAUUGAACAAGCUACGAAUGCAACCGAUGAAAUUGUUGAAGAUCUGGCUUCCGAACCUGGUUACCUCUCCAAUUUCAUCGUUGUUCUUUUUGAUAACGGCAAACUAUUGCUCAACAAAAGAUAUGACUCAUGGGAUGGUGCAAAGGUUGAUCUCCUCAAAGCUAUCCAUUCUGCUCCUACAGAUGGAGGAUGUGAUGAUGUCGUUUUCUCAGCUGUUGCCUCUGCUCUUUCUUUAUAUCCAACGAAUAAGUCUCCAAUCUAUGUGAUCACUGAUGCCAAUCCGAAUGACAACGCAGAAAAAGAAACCGUUUUCCACCUUGAGUCCUACUGGAGAGCUCCGGUGUACUUUAUCUAUGUCCAACCAGGACCAGCUGACGGUUGUAACACGUCUCCAGAUAACAGUGCUUACAGAGAUAUGGUUGAUAUUGCUUCUCGUACCGGUGGUAACACUUUCUACUUUAACAACAGAACAAACAUCUCUCCCUUCUUCUACCAACACAUGCUGAACACUUUGUUCCGUACUCAACUCGUUCUGUCUGGAGACUACUCUCAUUGCGUGAACCAAAACAUCUACAAAACUGCAGCUAUUGAUUUGACAGCUGACGUGAUUGUUGUCGUCGCCACAGGAACCGACCUGAAACUAGUUGCCACCAGUCCAUUAGGACUUUAUCCAGACUUCAAUAUUGCGUUCACUGAUGGAGUGAACUACAUUUGGACAUACAACAAUGUUGUCAAUGGUCAAUGGUUCUUCACUCUUUUGUCUGGCUCACCAAACGCUGCUUGUACUCUCAAGGUUUACCAGAAGAAGUUCAAUUUUGGAGGAAUGACCAAAUACAGUCCAGACUAUGACAUUUUCUGGUCCUUCGCCACAACCCUCACUUCGGCUGCAGGAAUUCUUCGUCAACCUGUUCUUGGAUUUGAUGCAUCCCCAGUAUUCCACGUUUCCAACUAUCCAGCUUUUAUCUCAAUGGACCGAGUACAUGCUAACCUUCAAAUCUAUGCUAUCCGUGAUGGACUACAAACGGAAGUCUACGGAGCUAGUGGAAUGUGGAGAGAUGCUUGUGAAUUCAACUUCUACUUUCCUCCAUUCACCUGCCGUGUUCCCGAUGAGGUCCUCUACUUUAACUUCUUUGCUCGCGAUAACAACGAUAUGUCUCUUCAACGUGCUGGAACAAUGUACUGCGCUUCAAUUCAUCCAACACCUCCACCCGACCAUCAAUGCCAGAAUGGAGGUGUUAUGAAUCCAUCUAACACAACAUGUUUCUGUACACCAGAAUUCUCUGGAACGUACUGCCAGGACCUUGUCUGCUAUAACGGAGGAACUAAUAAGGGAGAUCAUUGUGUGUGCCCACCAGGCUACGGAGGAGAGAGCUGCGAGUUGGCCAGAUGUAUCGAAACUGGACCAACUCCAGAAUUCAUACGUUAUGGAGUUGAUAUGAUCUUUGCUGUCGAAAUUACUCAACAAUCUCAAGCAACUCUAAUGAUGCUUCAAACGCAGUUCCGAACAAUUCUCCGUGAUGUUCAAAUGCAAGACCGUAGAUGGAUCAGAAACUUUGUUCUAGUAGGAUUCAAUUCUACUUGGGGAGGACCAAUUGCCGAGGCACCAGCCGAUAAUUUGACUGCCAUAACUGAUGCUAUGGACCAAAUUCAAAGUUCCGGUUCAACAGACACCGGAUGUACCGUCAAACUUUGGGAUGCUCUGAAUCAUGCUAUCUUCUCAAGAGAACUCAUUCCGGGAUCAUUUGUUGAAAUUUUCCAAACCACUCCAGAAGACGACACUGAUACUCGGUCGCUCGGACUUUUCUAUGACAUGUCCCGACGUAUGGAUCUUGUACUUUAUGGUUUCUUGGAAACGAAUUCACUUUUGAAACCAGCAGGAUUCGUCUGCAAUGCUCAAAUUGAAAACUACUACACACUUCUUGGAAUUGUUGGUGGAUCUACUGGAACUACCUACGUUAUCCAAGCUUUUGAAAUCCUAAACGCUGUCAAAACGAUCCCAAUCCAAUUUUCCAGCGGUCAAGUUACAUUCAACUAUGAUAAUGACUGUAGACACGAUGGUGGUCUUAUCACAUAUUUCCCAAUAGAUGCCUACUCUCAGACUAUUCAAAUCGACACAUUUGGCUAUGGAACUAAUAUUGCAAUUUACACUGGAGAUGGGGUACUGUAUCCAGCUUAUCAAUUAAUGUACGACUCAUUCACCGGACAAGGUAUUUAUGAAGUCAGAAAAGGUUGUGACAAAGACUGGGAUGAGUAUGGUCAAUACUGCCUCAGAUUCAUUGUUGGAAUUGAUAAUAUUCUUCCUAUGCCGCAGGCCAGGAGCUUCUGUUCUUCUGCUGGGGGAUAUCUCGCGGACGAUUUGGAAGGUGGUCAGAACAGUUACUUCUACCAUGCGGCAGCGAGUACUCAGUUCUGGAUUGGGCUAUACAGAAACAAUGAUGGUCAGUUCGUAUGGGAUCGUGGAACGGGAGUUGCUCCAGAUCCACUCAACCAAAAAGAAACAUACUGGGCUGACAACGAACCAAGCAACGAUCCAACGAAUCAAUGUGUCUACUAUAACGGACGAUCUGGAGAUCCUAAUAAAGUCUGGGUCACCGACUCUUGCUCCACCCCAAGACCGUUUGCUUGUCACAAAAACAGAUACGAUCCAGAACACAGACCAAAUACCAUCGGAGAAGUCGAUCUUCCAGCAGGUCAAUGGUAUGUCAUGGUACAGUCGAAUCCUGGUGAUGGAUACCCAUCCAACUGUUCUGUCAGUGUUCGUGUUCAAUCAAGCCUUCAAAUUGUUACUGGAUACUCCACAAGCAUCGGAGAUGAUAUUCCACAACCAGAUCCAAUCCAAGAUUCUCCAAACAACAGACUCAUCUCAUAUGUUCACUCCCUUGACAACGAAAACCGUGUUCCAAUUCUCACUGAUGCAAUUCUUUGGGAUGCGUACACAGGAAACUUCUACAAUGGACUCAAGUAUCAGCCAAGAUUUGCUUGUCAAUACCAAUGGGUGUCCCAAGAUUUCCCAUGCCCGAACGGAGACAAUCCAGCAAAUGAAUUCGGAGUCCUUCACGUUGGAGAAGAUGAGUUCGGAAACACAUUCCAACGUUUGACCUAUGGACACUGUUCUAAGGCUCAAAUCACUUGCGGAAAUGGAGGAAUCAGACAAAAUGGAGUUUGCGUCUGCUCAGAAUAUUACGUCGGAUCCCGUUGCACAGUUCCAAUUUGUGUCAAUGGAGGAACUCGCAAUUCUGACGAAGCUACUUGCUCUUGUCCAGAUGGAUAUGCUGGACCAAACUGUCAGUUCGAACUUUGUCAGCCUACUCUUCCACAGUUAUUCAGCAAUGACAGAAAGUCGUUGUUGUUUGUUGUGGAAACUACAAGACAAAAUACCGAUACUGUCAACCAGCUCAUCGCCAAUAUCAAAAGCAUUGUUUCUUCUGCUACUUCAUCAACACCACUCUGGUUCACCAACUUCGGACUUGUUACAUUCGACACCACCGGAAGAACAUUCGAGGAAUUCGACUACACCAACAUUGAUGAUCUCAUUGUUGACCUCAAGGCACAGUCCAAUGGAAUCAACACAGAUGGUGCUUGCAGUAUGCCAUAUCUUGGCGUGCUUGCACAUCUUCUCGAACAUGAUGAUGUGAUUGCAAUGCCAAACAGUGAAAUAUUCUUGGUGACUGCAGCCGGACCAGCUGACCUUGAUAAAUACGUUGAGGCAAUGACAACUCUUUUCAAUGCCCAAGCUCACUUGCAUUACAUUGUUUCUAAAUCAGCCGGUUGCCCAACAUUUAAUGGAGUGAAUAAUGUUGAAGAUAUGACUUGGCUUGGAUACGGAUCAAGUGGAAACAUUCUUUUCACAAACCCAACCAAUCUUGUCAAUCUUUUGAACAAUUAUCUUCCAACAUUGUAUGGAGCAUCUGUUCUUCAAGAUCCAACUGGAAACACCAACUAUACUUGCAGUAAUAGUAAAUGGCUUGUGCCCGUUGACAUGAACACAACUUUCAUCUAUGUCACUGUAUCAUCUGAAUUCGGAUCACUUUCUGCCAAUUCUCCGCUCUCAACUGGCGUCACACCUGAACUAAUCUACAACGUUGAUGAUCAAAAAGUGUAUAGGAUAGAAGUUGACAGACUUGGAGGUAUCUGGCAACUUGGAGUCAAUAGUCCGGGAUUGUGCUUGGCCCAUAUCUACUCUACCGGAGGAGCAAAGGUCUACACCAAAUUUGCCCAACCAAACUCAGCAGGAGGAAAGCCUGACCCACUUGGAGCUCACAAAGAUGGAUCGAGUGUUCAGCCAGCAGCUGGAUUUGACAAUACUGCAGUGUUCCACAUUUCUGGAGAUCCGUUCCACAACGGACAGUUGCAAUAUGUUGAGAUCUUUGACAUCGGAAGCAACUCUGUUACUAACAUCCUCCGAUCAGAGUUGUACAGACGUGCUGAAUGCUCAUACGAGUACUAUUCCGACUUGUUUACAUGCAACGGAGAUAUGAUUGCUGUGUUUGUCCAUGGAGUUGAUGAGUACAACCAAAAGUUCAGAAGACAAGAAAUUGUCAUUUGUAACGGUCGUGCACCAGUCACCAACGCCCCAGUAACUGGAACAAUUGUUCCAGUCACUCAACUAACCCAAGGACCUGUUACUCAAGUAACUCAAGGACCAGUGACGUCAACGACUCCAGUGCCACAUACUGCGCUUCAGUUUGAUAUCGUCUUCUUGAUUGAUGGAUCUCAAACUGCUCAGGAUAGCUUUGAUUGGUUAACCAAGUUUGUUCAAACAUUCAUGGUUUCUUUCAACGUUGGGUUGAACGGUGCUCGUGUUGGUUUAAUUGUUGUUGCACCUGAUCUGGACGACCAGCCUCCACCGGCUGCCCAAUUUAACUCGAUCACUUCGCAAGCGUCGCUUAUCUCCAACUUGAAUCUUCUCAAAGAAAACUACGCCGAUUUCGAUCAUGCUGGUCAAGUACUCACGUACAAUCUCCAAAUUGUAACUUCCAAUGACUACAAGUCUGCUGGAUAUCGUAGUAACAUCGACAACCACGUUCUCGUUUACAUUACUACCAACACGGCAUUCUACACUGAUCCAACUCCAACUGCUCAAACUAUCAUUGCCCAACAGCAAUACGGAAUUAUCACUAUAGGAUACGGAACUGGUUUCGAUAACAACAAGUUGCAGACUAUAUCCGGAGGAGCUGCUUGCUCAUUCACUGCUCCUGAUUUUGCUAGUUUGAACAAUCAAAUCAAAACAAUCCAACAGCUUAUUAUUAACGCCAAAUCAAAUCAGUACAGUAAUCAAGUCGAAAAACGUUAUAAACCAGAAGAUAGUACUGUCAGUGUUUGA